GCUCUCGCGCAGGCGCGGCCCGGCCAUGUCCGCCGUGGAGCGGCGCUUGGCGCAGUUCCGGGCCGCUCGUGGCAGCGCUGUCGCCGUCCCCCCGCGCCCCGCGGAGCCGCCGGGAAAGGCCGCGGCUCCGGAGCCCGCCGAGAGCCCGGAUGGCGGCGGGCAGGCCCGUCCCGGCGGGGCGCCGGCGCCGUUGUGGGCGCGGCCGCUGCUGCUCAAGGUGCUGCUGUGGGCCGUGCUGCUGGCGCUGUUCGCCGAGCUGGAGCUGGGGCUGCCCUACUUCGUCCUCUCCCUCCUCUACUGGAUGUACGCCGGCACGCGCGGCCCCGCCGAGCGGCGGCAGGGCGAGCUGAGCGCUUACUCCGUGUUCAACCCCGGCUGCACCGCCAUCGCCGGGACGUUGACGGCCGAGCAGCUGGAGCGGGAGCUGCAUUACCGGCCCGCCGCCGGGAGGAGGCCGGUGUUGGACUACACCUGUAACAGAGUGCCCCGCUGCUUUCCCGCCCGGCGCUGUCUAGAUCCAAGACAAGGCACGAGGCAGUAUCAGUACAACUGAAGCCAGCUGAUCACGCUCGUGUUUCAUCCAAUACAUCAAAUUUUGGUGCAGGUUUCCUGACUGCUUCAUGUUACAACGUUUACUAUCUGCAGUGUAAGGUGAAAGUAUCUGUUAUUGCUCCUGACAGGUGACACGUGUGGUUUUAACCAUCAUUUUGGAAAAAUAACUUAACUUAGGGUCAGCAAACAGCAAAUGCAGAACUGCAAGAAGCUCUGAGAUGAAGGAGUGCUUGCCUGUUGCUGGACUCGGUCCUUUUUUACCACCACACAGCUGGUGAUGCUUCUCACCAUCAUCCCACGCGCAGCCAGGUGCACUUUUCUUUAUGAACCACUUUGAUUUUUUAGGAGCUAUCAGUAUUUCUAAUAUGUAAAAGAUUGCAUGAAAAUAAACCACUGAUAUUAAGUUGUA